UAACUAGGUUGAGAUUCUGUACCUGUUCAUCAAAAUUGUUGAAGUGGGCUUGAAGCUUGAAGGCAGAAGAAGAAAUGGCUACAAUGGGGAGAAACAUAGCAGCUCCAUUACUGUUUCUGAACUUGAUCAUGUAUUUCAUUGUGCUUGGCUUCUCUAGUUGGUGUCUCAACAGGUUUAUCAAUGGCCAAACCUACCACCCCAGUUUUGGAGGAAACGGGGCGACUAUGUUCUUUUUGACGUUCGCGUUGCUAGCUUCAGUGUUGGGAAUUGUGUCCAAGUUCAUAGGAGGGAACCAUCUAAGGACGUGGAGGAGUGAUAGCUUGGCAGGAGCAGGAGCUUCUUCUAUCAUUGCUUGGGCUGUCACUGCCUUAGCCUUUGGGUUGGCAUGCAAGCAAAUAAACAUAGGAGGGCACAGAGGGUGGAGACUCAGGAUAGUGGAGGCCUUCAUUAUGAUCCUCACAUUCACACAGCUUCUUUAUUUGAUCCUCAUCCACGCCGGACUCUACAGCAGCAAGUACGGUCCCGGGUACCGUGACACCGACAACUAUGGCCUCGGAGGGGCCGGUGGAGACCCCAUGCAUAAGGGUACUAACGUUCCUGUUUCAGGGACUCGUGUCUGAACCAACUCUUUGUGUUCCUUUGUUACAUGUUAAAUGAUGAACCAUGUUCCAGUUUGAUUUUCUGCUACUGGGACUGUACGUGUCUCUUCCCUUUGUUUCUUUUUUCUUUUCUUUUCUUUUCUUUUGUUUUGUUUUGUUUUUUUUUUUUUUUUGCUGUUCUUUGUUGCUUUUGUUUUUUUAACUUUUUCUGCUUAGGGUUUGGAAUGAUGCCUUGAUGAUGGGUCUAUUGUAUCACUUUUGUUUGGAAGGCAUCCAUCUUGUAUAGGUAAUGGGAAAAAUUGGUUUGU